UUUUACUUUAUUUUUCAGAUGACCUUACAGCAACAAGUCCCCAGAACUUCCCUAGGCAUGGACAGCCAACCCAGGGUGCAGACCACAGUUUCCUCAGAUACAAGAAUCCUUGGAAAAGAAGAAAUGAGGGACCUCCGCAAACAGCUGCAAUCAGAAGCUGAAAACAUUGCUCGAUGGAAGGCUUCCACUGAGGUCAAGUCAAAGAACAUGCAGCGAGAUAUUGAGGUCAAGAAUAACAUCAUUGAGGACCAGCGGAGCAAUCUCAUGGAGCUCCAGCUGCACUCUGAGCACCUCUCACAGUCACUCUUUCAGGAACGGCAGGAAAGGGAGCUUGUUAACUCAAAAGUAACCCACACACGGCAGCUGUUCUUGACUUUACAGGAGCAGUAUGAACAACUGUUUCAAACGGUCUCCACCUUUCAAACUUGUAAAGAUGAAAUGCAGAAGGAGCAUGAUGACUUGAUUGAGAAACUGACAGAUUUAAAACAAAGUUUUGGAUUGCAAGAGGAUGCUAUAGAAAAUAUGAUAUCUCAAGCUGAGGAAAAUGCCGGUCUCUUCAAGAAUGCCAAAGACUCAUGGGAGAAAAAUGUUAAAGAGAAAGAUCAAGAAAUUGAAGACUUGACUCUCCAGUUUGAGUCUUUGAAAGCAGCAGCAAAAGAAUUAUCAGAGAGUUUGGAAAGCGCUACAGCAGACCUGUCCUCUGUGGAGAGUGCAAGAGCUCACUUGUCCUCUGAGCUGGAUGAGGUCAAAGCCUCAUUACUCAGGACUCAAGAGGAGCUCAAGGAACAGAGGGAAAGUCUGACCGAUCAAAUCACAAAAUCAGAUCAAGAACUGAGGCUUGCAAGGGAACAAUUAGAGGAGAGAACAAAAGAAUUUGAGGAAGCAGCUGAGAAGAUUCAGUAUUUGAAAAAGGUUAAUGACACCCUGGAAGGAAGCAAGAGUGAGCUGGCAGAGAGAGUGGCUGCUCUUGCCUCUCGUAAACAGGAACUAGAAGAGGCAAGAACACGUAUAGUCAUUUAGGGCAAACAUGAAUUG